UGGUGCUGCAAUUACACAACAUAACCAGGAGAGGACGCCACAAACCAGCGAUGGCGUGAAGUGCGUGGUGACGUCACGGGAAGGAGCGUACAGCGCCUGCCUGCCUACUGGUGCGUGAGUCGCUCUCUGUGCCACGACUCGCCGUCGCUGGUCCAUGUUGGGAGGUGUGUUCCAGCAGACGUACGUGUCCGACCAAGCGAUCCCCGAGCGAGAGGCCCUCAUGUGGGGCUUGUCCCGUCAGCUCGUCCGCCGCACGCCGUCGAUGCAUUGAGGCCUUACGAACUGAUCUCGCGAGAGCAGCGUCGCUGACUGUGACUGGUCGAGUGUUUGCGGUUUCGACUGAGGGAGAAGGCAGGCAGGCAGCCAGCAUCAUGGCGGACAGAGACAGUGGAAGUGAGCAGGGAGGAGCAGCAACGGGCCCAGGCUUCGGUUCCAUGCACUCGGCAGCGGGAGGGGCGGGCUCGGCUUCCGGCCUCCAGCACGAGACUCAGGAGCUGGCGUCCAAGCGGGUUGACAUCCAAAACAAACGCUUCUAUUUGGACGUAAAGCAGAACGCCAAAGGCCGCUUCUUGAAGAUAGCCGAAGUCGGGGCCGGUGGCAACAAGAGCCGCCUCACUCUUUCCAUGUCCGUGGCAGUCGAGUUCCGCGACUACUUGGGGGACUUCAUCGAGCACUACGCCCAGCUAGGUCCCAGCAAUCCGGGCAUGGUGCAGGACGAGCCGCGGCGGGCGCUGAAGAGCGAGUUCAUGGUGCGGGAGAAUCGGAAGUACUACAUGGAUCUAAAGGAGAACCAGAGGGGACGGUUCUUGAGGGUCCGGCAGACCGUCAACCGGGGACCAGGCUUGGGGUCCACGCAGGGCCAGACCAUCGCGCUGCCGGCCCAAGGACUUAUCGAGUUUCGCGACGCUUUGGCCAAACUUAUUGACGAUUACGGUGUGGAGGAAGAGCCCGCGGAGCUGCCCGAAGGCUCGUCAUUGACUGUGGACAACAAGCGCUUCUUCUUCGACGUGGGCUCCAACAAGUACGGCGUGUUCAUGCGGGUAAGCGACGUGAAGCCGACGUACCGCAACUCGAUCACGGUGCCCUACAAAGUGUGGUCCAAGUUCGGGAACACGUUCUGUAAAUACGCCGACGAGAUGAAGAAGAUCCAGGAGAAGCAGCGGGAGAAGCGAGCGUGCGACCUGGAGGAGGAGGAGGAGGAGGAGGAAGAGGAGGAGGAGGAGGUACAGGCGGACGAUGGGGACGAGGAUUGAGAUCGUCAUGAAAACAACAAAAAAAGCUAACAUCAACUCUACUGUAUAGAAGAAAGAAAUCUAACUGUAACGGUUUAACUCCAAGGGAACAUCACCCACAAUAUAAGAACCCACCACAAGCUGACAGUUCUGACAUGUUGUCACUCAUCGCUGGAUGUUAGCCCACUCUUAUCCACCAUUAAUACAGUAACUGGCUGCUAAACAAAAGUAAUAACAUGUAUGAACAUUGUUUCCUACUUGACAAACAAUAUGGAGUCUUUAUUUCCCUUAUUAACAGAGUAAAGCAACUUUUUGUACCACUGAAAGCUAAAAACAAACAAAAAAAAGUGUUUGCAAUGUUGGGAUCAGAGAGCAAGCAUUUCCUUUUCAUGUAAGCUAAUAACUUCAGCACAAGUGAGAUCUUUUUUUUUUUUUCAAAACCAAAAUUCAGAAGGUUUGUAAAACAAACAAACAAAAAAAGGGUCACGUGUAAUCACCAUCCUGUGUACCUGUGACCAGAAAUGUGUUUACACACAAAUGAGGGCUAGGCCUGCUUUGGAAACUGGUUGGAUGUCAUGCGGUUUUUCAAAAGGAACAUGCGCUGUCUCGCUCUCUCUCGUGCAAUAUGCAUUGCAUCAAAAUCAAAUCAAUACUGGUCAGUGGUUCUUCACAUGUUGACAGAGGCAUUCGAAGAAGCCGAUCUUAUCAGUUGAAAUUGUUGCCAUGCAAAUGGUUUUAUGAGACCGCCGUUGUGUGUUGUCGUCAAUGCGAUGUGUCGGGUUGAAAGGUACUCAAUGCAUAGUAAUGAAAUAACAUGUAGCAAAUGCAGAGAAAUGAACAAUUGGCCGCAACGUCAAAAUGUCUCAAUGGUGCCAAUUAGGUGUGCUGUCGCUGCAUGUUUUGUUUGCACUUAAAAAAGUCAAUUGCGUUGUUCUCCCGAAAUAAUUGUCUCGAGGGCCCUUCCAUAUUUUGUCCGUAUUGCACGAAAGUUCAACUCUUUAAGGACUGAGUGAGCUCCAUCCAAAAGCUUGACGAUGUUGUACCAUCACACUCCCCGGGGAGCCCUUAAGUGAGUGGGGUGGAGGGGCACGCCUGGCUUAAGGGUGCAGUUCUGUGUCCGCAUGCGCUCUACCUGAUGGGGGUUAGUUCCGGUUCUGUGAAGUCUUGGACAAAGCUUUUUUUUUCCCCCUAAGUAUCCCCAUUCAUUGCCAAUUGACUCUCGGGGUGCUUUUUCGUGAAACUGCAGUUAGUUGUUCGACUUUCAAGUUGAGGAUGAUGCGAAACAGGCCAAAGUCCAAGCUGAUAAAAUGUCACCAGUGGCUGAAGCUGCCGCUGAUUGGAACUUGAUUAGUUUUGUUUUUGUGAAUCUUGCUAUAGAUAAGCCGAGUUGAGCAACGGCUAACCUAAUAAACGCGGAUGGCUUCACAUCUGUCUGAACAGAAAAAAAGUAUGAGUGAAUCUUGGGACAUUCAUUCAUUCAUCUUCCGAGCCGCUUGAUCCUCACUAGGGUCGCGGGGGGUGCUGGAGCCUAUCCCAGCUGUAUCCGGGCAGUAGGCGGGGGACACCCUGAAUCGGUUGCCAGCCAAUCGCAGGGCACAAAGAAACGAACAACCAUUCGCACUCACACUCGCACCUAGGGACAAUUUAGAGUGUUCAAUCAGCCUGCCACGCAUGUUUUUGGAAUGUGGGAGGAAACCGGAGCACCCGGAGAAAACCCACGCAGGCCCGGGGAGAACAUGCAAACUCCACACAGGGAGGCCGGAGCUGGAAUCGAACCCGGUACCUCUGCACUGUGAAGCCGACGUGCUAACCACUGGACUACCGGGCCGCCGAAUCUUGGGACAUUUAUUUAAAAUUAUUAAAUAACUUCAAUUGGUAUCUACAAACGCAGAUAAAUGUUAGAUUUUUUUUGGUUAUGCUAUCUGCAGUAUUUGUGUUUACUAAUGUUUCACUUCACUUCAGCUAGCCCACAUCUUCCUGGGGGGGGGUGAUGAUAUACUCGGGCUGCCACAAGGAAAAAAAAAAAAAAAAAGACUGGCUCUUGUCCGGUUCUGUCGCAUCUCAUAGAUGUGUGAUAGCAGUUUUAUAAACUCUUUGCCAGUCACGUUAAGAGAAACUGGCAACAAUCAGAUCUAGUUACCUCAGCAUUGAGUUCAGUGUUUGCUUCCGUGAUGUUUAGAUUUGACUGGAAACCAGCAAACUAGACUGUCCUUGACCAGACUGUCCUUGACCACCUACAUAUGGUAAAAGCUUACUAGAGAGCGUCCUCUUCAGCAUAUAAAACAACCUGGUGCCUUACACACUCCGCAUGCUUACACGCUGGCCUGGUGCUUUGGAUCGCAAGUUUGGCUUCUUUUCGAUGACCGUUUUUCUUCCUUUUUUUUUUUUUGUGUCUCGGCCCAGACUCGUGGUGCUAAAACAAGGCAUUGUCCUUCCUUCCUUCCUUAACCCUUCAUCGCCGCUUCACACUUAUUCCCGCCGCUUAACACUAUUCCCCAGCCAUCCAGGUAUCGGCCUACAUGUAAACAUGGAAGGGGGCGGGGGGGUUCACCUUGAUGCAAGACGAUGCAGAGGAGUUAGCACCAAGCACAUAUAGUAGGAAGAGCAGUAGACUGAAAGGAUUGAAAAUAGUUGUUGACAAGCCUCCAUCGCCGCCCCUCCCCUUUCACCCGCCUGGCUUUUAGGUAGUCAUGUAUGUUGCCCAUAGCUUAGUUGACAGGGAGCAGCACGCAUUUUUUUGUUUUUAUCUUCUCAGCGUUAUUCUGGAAUGUUUUCGCCCACAAAAAAGUAUAUAUUUUUUAUGUGCAACAUUUCAUGACUGUGCAAUAUCGUAUGUGCCAAUUGUGGCAAAAUAUGUAUAUCAAUUAAAAUAUAUAAUUACUAUUUGAAAAGAUGUGGCUGAAUUCCAUGUUUUAUUCCAGUGAGGGAGUUGUAACCCGCUAUUUGCACUUAAAAAAAAAAACUCCAUCCUGGAGGGGAAUGGAGGUCAAAGAA